GCCGCCAGGGGGCGCCGCAGGAGCGGCGGCGGCAGAGCCAUGGCGGAUUACGAGGCGGUGCAGCGCGGACCGCUGCGGCUGAAGGGCAGCGGCGGGGCCGUGGGAGCCGGCAAGCGGAAGAAGAAGAAGGCGAAGGAGAAGGCUCAGAUCCUGGAGCAGAUCGUGAGCAGCAAGAAGCAGGAGGAGGAGAAGAAGCGCGGCCUGGACAAGCGGACCCCGGCGCAGGUGGCCUACGAGAAGAUGCAGGAGAAGCGGCAAAUGGAAAGGAUCCUGAAGAAAGCCUCCAAAACCCACAAGCAGCGAGUGGAGGACUUCAACAGGCACUUGGAUACCCUGACUGAGCAUUAUGACAUUCCUAAAGUCAGCUGGACGAAGUGAAGGGACUGCUCUCUGGGGCUUUGGAUCAGGGCUCGGGUUAUGUCCGUGCUGCACUGCGCUGCCAUCUCCAGCUCUGUGCUCUCGGUGCAGUUUGAUUUACCUUCUGAGUGUUUACAGCUUUGUACUGGUUUGUUUCACCUCUUUAUUUCUUUAAAACCAAAUAGUCAACAAA